AUGAAAAUAUUACAAAUAUUGUUUGUAAGUUUUUUAGUAUAUGUUGCUAUGACUGCUGAAACAGAAACAACAUGUACAGAAGACCAGGUUCUUAUUAAAGGAAAAUGCAAGGAUGCCAAAAAUUGCAAAACUUAAAUUGGAUUCUUCAAAUAGACUGAAGCUAAUGGAAAGAAAUAGAUAGCCAAAAGACCAACAUUUAAAUUAGAGUUUAAGGAUGGAAAUCUUUAAUUUUCUUUGAUAUUUGCUAAUGCUAAAGACUUAUAGACUUCUGUAGAAACUGGAUUACCCACAACUUGUAUCUAGGUUAAUUUAAGGAGAUUUGGCGCUGCAUUCACAGAUGAAGAAGCAGACUCUACAAUUAUUACUGCAACGACUUAGGGUUCCUCAAGAAUUUGGAGCUUUAUCGUCAAUAAAGAGUAUUUCAAUUUUUAAUUGUUAGUUAAUUCGACUCAUUAUAUAUGAAAGAUGAAUCAAAUGAGGAGGUUAAAUACACUGGUUUUUAUGCCGUAUCAGUGACCUUGUUAUUACCAAAUGACAAUGGAAUUAAACCAUUAGCUUUCUAUGCUUUUAAAUUCUCCACUAUUUUUAGCAAAGAUUUAGCAAAUCUAAAAUCAAGUGAAAUAAAGCCUAAAGUACAAGCUGAAUAGGUUUGUGCAGAUGCAGCUGAAGAAGAAUGUGUUUAUAUUGCUCAAUCCACAUUGACAUUAUGUUCAGAUGAAGUUUGUCAGGCACCUUUUAACACAACUGAAUUAGUAGUAGGAGAAACCAUUUAUGUUAAAUAAACAAUCAACUAGGAAGGAUUUAAAGGUGGAAAAUGGAAGCCUCAAGAUGCUGAAAUUACAGUAGUCGCCGCUGGAGUAACAAAGACAGUCAAGCCUAAAAAAUUAAAUAAAGGAUAAAAUGGAGAAUAAAUGUAUUAGGUUAAAUUAAAUUUCUUGGGAAAUAUAGUCACUCUAGCUUCUGAUGCUUCAUUAGGACAAACAACAAUUCCUAGACUCUUAUAAGAAGUUGCAGAUGAUCCUUCAGUAGUUGGAUCAACUUCCGUUUUUUGCAUCAAGGAGACAUCUAAUAGUACAUGCCCAUCCUAAGAAAAAGUGCUGGCUUAUAAUUCAGAAAAUUGUGCUGGAUUAUCCUGUGAUGAUAGUUCAAAUGCUUUGAUAUUCUAAGUGCUAAUAACAAUUUUAGGAUUUAUGAUAUUAUGACC